AUGUCCGCCGACUUCUGGUCCGGCUACGUCUCCGGCGCCGUCGGCAUCCUGGUCGGAAACCCUCUGGAUAUCUUCAAGACGAAACUGCAAGCCGGAAGCAUACACUCACCUCCCCAAACGACAACUACUACCGCCUCGCAGACGUCGCCUCACUCCCGCUGGACCUCCUUCGCCCGCGGCUCCGCCGCCCCGAUUCUCGGCUACGGCGCCCUCAACGGCCUGCUCUUCUACACUUACAACCGCUCCCUGUCUUUCCUCUCUCCAGGCGAUACCCCUCCCAAUGCAGCGGCGAUAUGGACGUCUGGAGCGCUAGGCGGUCUUGCGACGUUCGUCGUUUCCGCACCGACGGAACUCGUCAAGUGUCGCGCGCAGGUCGCCUCGCCCGCGAAGUCGUCCUGGGAGGUGACGCGGGACCUGUGGAGGAAAGCUGGUGUUAGGGGACUGUACUUGGGUGGUGGAGUGACGAGCGUGAGGGACGCGGUGGGGUAUGGGUUUUAUUUCUGGUCCUACGAACUCACCAAACGCGCCUGGUCGAAUGAAUCCGACUCCCAACAACAACAAGCCCUCAAAGUCCUGCUCUGUGGUGGUCUCGCCGGCGUCGUGACUUGGGCUUCGAUUUUCCCGUUAGACAUGAUGAAAACCCGCGUCCAAACCUGGGACCUCAUGACCCCCUACCACACACCAACACCUCCACUCGUAUCAGCAUCUGCAUCUGCAAGUCAGCCGCUCCUCCAACCACAACCACAACCCUCUCCAGCACCACCACAACAACAAGCCCCCCAGCCGUCAGACGGAGCAACAACAACCACAAUGAAGCGACCCUCCACCUUCGCCAUCGCCAACGAAGCCUACCGAGCAGAAGGCGCCGCCGUCUUCUUUCGCGGACUAGGGGUCUGCAGCGCGAGGGCAUUUAUCGUGAAUGCCGUGCAGUGGGCGGUAUACGAAUGGAUGAUGAAGACAUUGACGAGUUGA